UGGAAUGUUUUAAUUUAAAAUAAUCAGAUGAGUAGAACUGACAGUAAAUAAUAAAGAAAUCUCCAGAAUAAAAUAUAUUUUAGGAUUUAUUUAUAAACCAAAGUAUAUGCCUGCUUUUCCUUAGGUGUUUCAGGCAAGGUAGAAAGAUUUUUUUUAAUAUAUAUAUAUUUAAGAUUUUAUUUAUUUAUUUGACAGAGAGAGACAGAGAGAGGGAACACAAGCAGGGGGAUUGGGAGAGGGAGAAGCAGGCUUCCAGCUGAGCAGGGAGCACGAUGGGGGCCGAUCCCAGGACCCUGGGACCAUGACCUGAGCCGAAGGCAGACGCUUAAAGACUGAGCCACCCAGGCGCCCCCCCCCCUUUUUCUUAAUAAGUAGCCAGUGGUUGUACAUUGAUCUUUCUUUUAAAGGGAAGUUACUGUUUCAGAGAAAGUCCUUUGGUAUCUUAGUCUGCAUCUAUUUUUUUCCUUUAAAAAAAGAUUUACUAUUCUGUUGAUCAUUACCUGGAGACAUGCUUCUCCCACAGUCACAGAUAAACUCAUACAAUGAUUUAUGUGAUGAAAAUGCUCUCUGUGACACACACAAUAGAUAAGAAAAGUAAAUUUUAGGCAUUAGUAAAUACUCAGGCUCAAAGAGGUAAAACAAUCCCUUUAGCAGAGGCUGAGGGGGUGGAUGCACAGGUAAGGGAAAAACACAGAUUACAGAUGCAAUUUUUCCCCCCAAAAUUGGCGCUGGUAGGGGCGAGCCGUGGAAGACGAUGUCGUAAUAUAAUCUGGAUGCUCACAUACACAUUUUAACUGUACCAGAUGAAAUAAAAUCCAGGCUCUAAGAAGUUUACAACAGAAUGGCCUUCCCCCCCACCCCGCCAAACAUUUGGCUCAUUACCAUAUGCAUACUCAUUCCACUUUCCUACCAACGGUUCACUAUUUCCAGUAAAAUUUUAUGCUGAAAAAAGUUGGAAUUGCUAUUGCCCUGUCAUUCUUAUUCCCUGGGGUCACAAGCACAGGGCUGCACAGUAAGAGAAAUACACGCACACACAAACACACACACACCCUCCUACCUUAUCCAGAGCAGAAGAGAAGUAAAUAGUGAAAACGAAGAUGAGUUUAUGCAGGUUCCUGACUCAAAGGCAGCCUAAUAUUUAUGAAAUAUCUCACACUGUCUCUCACACACACCCCACCAAGUCUUUAGGCUCCAGUUACAAGCGCUGCGUCAUCUGCCAGAUCACAUGGUAAUUGUUGCUAUUUCAAGGAUCAAGUGGCAUAAAGCUCCCCCCACCCCACCCCUUCCCUUUGGUACCAUAUAGCGUGGAAGAGUGAUUACUGUGUGAUGGGGUGAGACCCGGCUCUCUGGUCCAACCCUCCAGCUGGAAGCCAGGCUGUCGGUGGGGUGGCGCGCGCGGGGUUCUCACGGAGCGACCGGGAAAGGGGACGGGGGAGGGGGGGGUCUCAGGGGAGGCCGGGCAGCUCUAAUUGGUUUCUCAAUGAAAGAUAAUCACCUAGUCCCCCGAGAGGCUGGGGAUUAGCACUCUGCCUCUCCUCUCCACCGCUUUUAGACGUCUCAUCCUCCCCUCGGAGCUUUUAGUCCACUCCGCAGAAGGCGCUCGCAGACAGCGGCUCCCCGCGCCCGCCGGCCGCUCCGGGGGCAGCGCUGCCGCGCGCGCUCGCACUCGGCGCCCCCCUCGGCUCCCUCGCCGCGCUCGCCUCCCCCGGCCGGCGUCCGGCCGCGCCCGAGGAAAGUUUCGCGGAGGGGCUCCGGGCGAAAAUGAGCGAGCUGGAGGAAGACUUUGCCAAGAUUCUCAUGCUCAAGGAGGAGAGGAUCAAGGAGCUGGAGAAGCGGCUGUCGGAGAAGGAGGAGGAGAUCCAGGAGCUGAAGAGGAAGCUGCACAAAUGCCAGUCGGUGCUGCCCGCGCCCUCGCCGCACAUCGGGCCGCGCACCACCCGGGCGCAGGGCAUCUCGGCCGAGCCGCAGACCUACCGCUCCUUCCACGACCUCCGACAGGCGUUCCGGAAGUUCACCAAGUCUGAGAGGUCCAAGGAUCUCAUAAAGGAAGCUAUCCUUGACAAUGACUUUAUGAAGAACCUGGAGCUGUCGCAGAUCCAGGAGAUUGUGGAUUGUAUGUACCCAGUGGAGUACGGCAAAGACAGUUGCAUCAUCAAAGAAGGAGAUGUAGGAUCGCUGGUGUAUGUCAUGGAAGAUGGUAAGGUUGAAGUUACAAAAGAAGGCGUGAAGCUCUGCACCAUGGGUCCAGGAAAAGUGUUUGGCGAGUUGGCCAUUCUCUACAACUGUACCCGGACAGCGACCGUCAAAACUCUUGUAAAUGUGAAACUCUGGGCCAUUGAUCGACAAUGUUUUCAAACAAUCAUGAUGAGGACAGGACUCAUCAAGCAUACCGAGUAUAUGGAAUUUUUAAAAAGUGUCCCAACAUUCCAGAGCCUUCCUGAAGAGAUCCUCAGUAAGCUUGCCGAUGUCCUUGAAGAGACUCACUAUGAGAAUGGGGAAUAUAUCAUCAGACAAGGUGCAAGAGGGGACACCUUCUUUAUCAUCAGCAAAGGAACGGUAAAUGUCACUCGGGAAGACUCACCCAGUGAAGACCCGGUCUUUCUUCGAACUUUAGGGAAAGGAGAUUGGUUUGGAGAGAAAGCCUUGCAGGGGGAGGAUGUGAGGACAGCAAACGUGAUUGCCGCAGAGGCUGUGACCUGCCUCGUCAUCGACAGAGACUCUUUCAAGCACUUGAUUGGAGGACUGGAUGAUGUUUCCAAUAAAGCAUAUGAGGAUGCAGAAGCUAAAGCAAAAUACGAAGCCGAAGCUGCUUUCUUCGCCAACCUGAAGCUGUCUGACUUCAACAUCAUCGACACCCUCGGAGUCGGAGGCUUCGGACGAGUGGAGCUGGUCCAGUUGAAAAGUGAAGAGUCCAAAACCUUUGCCAUGAAGAUUCUCAAGAAACGCCACAUUGUGGAUACGAGACAGCAGGAGCAUAUCCGCUCAGAGAAGCAGAUCAUGCAGGGGGCGCAUUCUGACUUCAUAGUGAGAUUGUACAGAACGUUUAAGGACAGCAAAUAUUUGUACAUGUUGAUGGAAGUGUGCCUGGGUGGAGAGCUCUGGACCAUUCUCAGGGAUAGAGGUUCAUUUGAAGAUUCUACGACCAGAUUUUACACAGCAUGCGUGGUGGAAGCGUUCGCCUAUCUGCAUUCCAAAGGAAUCAUUUAUAGGGACCUCAAGCCAGAAAAUCUCAUCCUGGAUCACAGAGGCUACACCAAGCUGGUUGAUUUUGGCUUUGCAAAGAAAAUAGGAUUUGGAAAGAAAACAUGGACUUUUUGUGGGACUCCAGAGUACGUAGCUCCAGAGAUCAUCCUGAACAAAGGCCAUGACAUUUCCGCCGACUACUGGUCACUAGGAAUCCUAAUGUAUGAACUUCUGACUGGCAGCCCACCUUUCUCAGGCCCAGAUCCUAUGAAAACCUAUAACAUCAUACUGAGGGGGAUCGACAUGAUAGAAUUUCCAAAGAAGAUCGCCAAAAAUGCUGCUAAUUUAAUUAAAAAACUAUGCAGGGAUAACCCAUCAGAAAGAUUGGGGAAUUUGAAAAAUGGCGUGAAAGACAUUCAGAAGCACAAAUGGUUUGAGGGCUUUAAUUGGGAAGGCUUAAGAAAAGGCACCUUGACACCUCCUAUAAUACCAAGUGUUGCAUCACCCACAGACACAAGCAAUUUUGACAGUUUCCCUGAGGACAAUGACGAACCGCCACCUGACGACAACUCAGGAUGGGACAUAGACUUCUAAUGUAUUUCUCUUACCUGCUUCUGCCUUGCUGAAGUCAGCUUUUUCUGAGACACAGCUGCCAGCAAACCUGAGGGACGGAGAGAAGAUUAGUGCUCGGGGUCACCAUGAUGCCUUUGAUCGAUGCUGCUCCAGUAACUGCAGUGGCAUUAGGACAACAGUGCUCUAUACAUGUUUUCUGUUUGAUCCUAAAAAUAGCAGUUGACAUGGUGGUCCUGAAGCAAAGCCUUUCACACCAGUCAAGAGGUGUCUUCUAGUGUUGGAAUGAUCUUGCUUUGCUCUAUAAUUUGAAAGACUGCCAGAAACACUUCAGUCUAGUAAAAGCGUCUGCACCUUGCUAGAAUUAUCAAGAAGAUCAAAAAAAAUUAAGUAUUGGGUACGAUAGAUGACGGUGGUACAAAAACUGGGAGCUUCCUUUCCUUUUCCCGUGAGGGCAUAGGCUACAUUCAGAUACAUUCGCGCAAGCCGGAAGAGGGUCACGCAUCGUUGGUCACAGAGGUCAUGGCAAACCAGUGCUAGAAGUUUCAUGAUUUAAUUUCCCAGCAGUGCUGAUGACGAGACUGAAUGUUACCUUUCCUUUCCGACAGAUUUUAAAAAUUGAUACGAUAAAAGCACAACUGCUAUAGGUUCUGCUGAGAACUCUCAUAGCAGGUAUAUAUGCGUUUUCACAGGAUUGAAAAACAAAACAACAACAUGCAUGAUAUUUGUUUCUUUUCUCGAUAAAUUGGCAUGACAGAGUGGGGGAAAAAAACAAAAAGCAACUCACAAACCAUUUCAUAUCUUUUAAAACGUUGUGCUUCAAGAUGGUCCUGGAAAUAAAUGACUAGCAGCCAAUUGAUUUUUAUUUAUUACUUAACAUGCCCUCAGACUGAGGCUUAAAAUAUUCCCUUUUAUAAAAAGAAACCCUUGGGGGGUGGGGUGGAGAGGGACUAAGAUCCAUCCAAAAAUAAAAAUAAGAAACUAUAUAGGUGCUAUGUAUAUCUUUCAUCUGUAAAUGUCCGUGUCUGAGCAGACAACACAAAUUCUACUCAUCACCUGUGUAGCCAGAGACUCAAGCAUUCUUCACUACGUUUACCAACCAAACUCCCGUCCGAUUUCACUUACACAACAUAGCCAAGGGUUGAGGGGGAAAGGUGAUUGAAACCCAUUCAGCUGGCUUCUUGUCUUAGGCCUGAACCAGAAAGAAGAAGAGGAAAGCACAAAACCAUUGAGAUUCAGCAGAUGAGAAAGCUUGCUUCUGUGAGGUCAGGGAACGGGACCAGACCUAGCCCACUGCUGAGGACCUUGUGGAGAAUGAGCCACUGUGAGUUCCUGCACAUGUGAGAGUAGGGAGGGGGUCGAGAAGAAAACAGGACGCCUAUUUCUCAAACAUAAAUUUUAGCUACCUAGGACAGAAAUAUUGCAAUCCUGUAAUGUACUGGAAAAUACCAAACUUACUUGCUUUUCUCAUGAGGGGUAAAGAAGCAGCAUUUAAACUGAGUCCUUUGUUGGCAGGCGAGUUGACUAAACUGUCCCUAGGUAGCAGACUGUUCUGGAGGCUCUUCCUGGACAAGUAGCAUUCUCCCUGAGUAAACAAAUGCAUACUCUUAUAUUAAAUUGAAGGUUGCUUUUUUCCAGUAUAAAGUUGCUUUUUUUUUUUUAAAUCAAUGAAACGUAAACAUUUCUGCAAAAAAUAUAUCCACACAGGUCAUUACACCAUAUCCGAGAAGGCAUAUAUUAUGAUUUCUGUUUGAAUUUUUCAUACCAAGAGUACUUUAGAAUAUGGUGUCAAAACAUAAUCUAUGAACCAUUUGGGGAAUAAAAAUACUAAGGGCAUACUAUAUAUAAUCAGAAUAAAGUUACAUUGAAAGUUUGAUCCCAAGAUGUUACUGUAAUUCUUGUGUUAGAGUUUUCCCUCCCUUACAAAUAAUUGCUCAAGAUCAAUUCAUUCCCCAAGAUACCCACAUUCUUCUACAGAUAUCAGAAUAUAAAAUUAAACCUAUCAACCUAAAAUCCAGCUAUGAAUGCUAUUUCAGCAUUUUCACAUUGCUUUUAACUGGGCUUUUAAAAGUAUACAAUUUCAACAUCAUGGUCACUGUUCAGUGGUUUUUGUUUAAAGACAGAGCAGUUUAGGCCCGCUAAAGGUUUGCUAGAAUACUAAGUUCAUCUAGUCACUAAUUAAGAGAGAGAUUCUGAGAAUCUGCUCCUGCAAUUUUUCAAAUGCCCCAAUAGCCCCAGAGCUUAACCCUUACUGUGGUUCAAGUCUAAGACAGCAAUGUAUACAAGUUCUCUGAGGAAUGAAGGAGCAGCAUCCGGUUCAAUGGGACUGUUGGCCAUUUUUCCCACUUGUUAGCACAUCUUUGUUAAAUUUCACCAGUGGCAUUGCAUUAGGAUGUCUAAAGCAAUCACUAACAAAUAAAGGUGAACUACAGCUUCCAAAAAUUGCUAACAGAAAACAGUCCUCUAAUCGUCAGCAUUGAAAUUUAAGGAUUUAAAUCUUGUCUUAAUGAAGACACUAGGGCUAAAAUUCAUGGUCAGCUUUGUAAAGCGCAUCUCACUUUAUUUCUGAAUUGUUCAUGCCCCUCUCUUUUCUUACACUAAAGAACAUCUGGACAAGUUAGUGCCAACUUGUUUGAUUUGUUAACUGACGUUCUUGUUAAUAAGAAAUAAGAAACAAGGGCUUUCUGUGCCUCUUGAUGCACAGGAAAACUGAAAACUGCCAAGGAAAGGAACAUCAUGAUAUUUGAGAUAAAUUGAACACAUUAGAGAAAAUGAUUUCUUGAAAUUUGCUAUAAACGAUCUUUAUGUUUGUAUCUUCUUUGUUAUUCACGUAUGAAUCAGAUCCAUGUGGCAUUGAAAACAAAUUUCUUUCUUUUGAUUACUUUAUAGGUCACUUUUUUUUUUACUUAAAAUUAUGGGAUAUGCAUGUGCAUCACACAUGUGUAAUAUAUAAAUUCAGCUAUUGAAUUUUUUUUUCAUUUCAUUUCUAUGUGACGGAACUGAUGGUGAACUGAAAUUUUAAAGAAGUCAGCUACCAUACUGAAAAUAAGGAUAUUAGAACUGAUUUCAUACGGUAGAAGGUGAUCCGUGCAUUCUCCAUAAUGACAUUUUCUUUCACAAUAGGACCACAAAUAUUUAUGUAAAUAGAUAUUUUUGUGUGAUAUUUUGUGGUACAUAUAACUUUUUUUAGUGUUUCACAGCAUUAUUAUUUCAUUUUCUUUGUACCGAAUGAUGUUUUUAGGUCCAAGUAGACUUGAAUUAAUGUCAUAAUUGUCAGUAUUAUUGAAAAUUACGUCAACUGUACGGUUUCAUCUGUUCCAUAGUUUAGAACAUGACCUGGCUAUCUGGCAUUGUUGCAAGUGCCUUAAAUUCAUGGCAUCCUAUUAAAAAACAAAUUUGGUGUUAUGCUGCAUGACAAAGACAAAUACACCUCAAAAUGUUGUCCUUUCUUAGCUUGCUGCGUUUUACAGUUCUUUCUGCUAACAAUUUAUAAGCCUUUAUUAUAUAAUAUUGAUGAAUUACAGAAAUGAUAAAGUUGUUCUCUUAUUUCUGUUACACGUACCAGAGCUGUGUAUCUGUUACUGAGAUACAGCGUCAUUUCUGUGAAAUGUAUAAAUGUAUGUGCGGGUCAAAUUAAUAUAUGACAUACUAUCAGUCUGUAUACAGGUAUUCCUGUUUUGCUAAGCUGUGCAGAUUCAGUUUAAAAAAAAAAAAACACUUAGUGCAGUCAAGUUCUAACGUCUCAUUUUAUAGACUCCAUUACCAACGAUCCAACUCAAAAGAAAAAUUGGAAAGUGACUGCUAACCACACCUCAUUAUGAAACCAAUGAUGAACACGUACCUUGGUGCACUCCUCAACAAAACAGGAUGCUUUCUGAGUUCUUGUAUAUGCAAAUCAUUUAUGAAGCAAGUUUUCAACAGACCUGGCAAGAUAAACAUUGGAAGUGUGUUAGCCCUCCUCUUUAUCUGCCCCUGAAUUAAUAGAGCUCUGGGACCUUGACCAUGACUCAGAGGUUUGGGCUUUCCAAGGAAAGGGACAUUUCUUCAAGCAUCAUCUAUCCAAUUUAUUUCAUUGUAUGAUGUUUUUACAACUGGUCAGUUCUUUUGUAUUCUUACAGCUAUGGUUGAUUGUCCUCUUACAGUUUGUUCUACAUGAAAGAGUCCUUUGUUAGUCAGAAUGCAACAACCGUCAUCAAAUGGUCAUUGACCACUUGCACUCUUUUGAUGUAGAUUAAAGACUUUUUUCAUAAAAUUAACCUGCUUUGAUUUGCUCUGUAUUUUUCCUGCAGCUGUAAUUGCCGAGUGCCUGUUGUAUACUUUAUAGAGUUGAAAUAAAAAAAAAAAUAAUUACUUUUGAA